AUCAAUAACGUCGUUCUCGGCGACGCCGGCGUCGGGAGCGUCGCUGCGUGAAGGCAUCCGCAAGCAAUCGACGUGUCGCCACGAAACUUGUACACGGGUGCGAUCGAAAAGGAGCGUCGCGUGAAAAAAGAAAAAACGAUUGGGAAUGCAACCACUGCAUUUAUUACCGUUUUGCAGAACGAGCCCUAUGUCAAGGAACUGCAGCAGCAACAUCCGGACCCGGAACCAGAGUUUUUCGGAUUCGAAGAAUCUUUAGGAUCCACCCACGAUACCAUGGCUAAGAACGUAGGGGAGAGUCGGAUACCAGUCCCACGCGCGGCACGGCCGUCUUUUUUCCCGAAAUCGAGAGUACUUAGUACGCCGACACUUGUACCUGGACAUCGACGUUCGUUGGUACUCUCGGGAUGUUUGCAGUUCGUCGAUGCCGAGGACGAGACCAACAGUCCUAAAAGCAAGUGUGGAACGCGAGCCGUGUCUACACCGUCGAUCGAAGAUUCGGGACACAAGACGUUCACGAUAUCACCCGUGUGGGAUAUUGACAAAAAUGACGUGCAACAGUUGGUUCAUUUUGCCGAAGAGAAGAGCAACUUUUUCAGUUUGCUCGAGAAUUCUCAGUUGAAUAUGAUCGAAGACACCGGUGAGAGCUGCCUCUUGGAAUCAUCCCUAGGCAAUUACAAUGAUAAUACAGUGAACGCAACGCCGCACUAUUUGAUGCUCAACAAGCAGAAUUCGUUUGAACACGACGAAAGUCUCGGUAUAUUAACUCCCGACCAGAUGACCGACUUCACAGUUGCCCUAGAGUGCUCCAGGACACCAUCCUGCGAAAAUCUUACCGGAUCAGCGGGCUCUAGAUUGGCGUUAACGCGAGCAUCUGCAUCGAGACCGUCGGCGGAUGUUGAGCCGACCGAAGAAGCUUCCAGCGAGAGAACACCUUCUCCGGAAGAACUUCCGCUUGAUCCUAAACCCACGGAGCCUGUCAGAGGCACUGUUCCUAUCAGUUUCGUUACAUCGGUGACAAGCAUCACCAGUCUCGAGGCCGGUUAUCAAGGUGACGGUGAAAAUUCGAGGCCAGCAAGUCGGGGGGCUGAUCCACCAUCCGUUGCGCCACCGCCGAAUCUUCCAGCUCCUUGUAGGCAAGAUCCGAUGACGGAUUCGGAUUUCUUCACGGAAAGCGAUGCCGACGCGUAUGAGGAAAUUGUACGCGGCGACAGAAAGGCUCAGGUAAUCGACGGCACUCUCUUCUGCGCACCUGGUGGACGAAGAUGCCCGAGUUUUACCGGAGAGGAGAUGGAUUCGAGUGGAAUUUAUUCGGAUCUCGAUAAAAGACAGGACGAGCUUCAUGCUCCCGAGGAAGCGGUUGAGGAAAACGAGGAUCGUACACCGGAUACCAUUGAUACAGAGGUCGAACAGAGGAGCCAGCCGACACCCAUCAAAGCGGACGUUAUUAUGGAUUAUUUACAGGCUCCUGUGAAUACUCUGGAUGGAUCGGCUGAUUCUAACGGUUCGGUGAAUCCUGUUGAAGUUACGUUGAUCGAGGUACAAAGAACCAAUGACAAUAUAAGGUCGAAGACGCAGAACAAGACAGACUCGGUUCCGUUGAAAAAAUACAAGAUGCCUAAGAGGAACGUUGUCUCAAAAAUCAAAGCGAUGAUCGAAUCUGGUCCGAAGGAUGAGGCAGAGAAAGAGGCUCGACGUUCGCAAAGAUCACCUAGAAAGGGCGGACGAUGGGACGCUGUUAUGAGUAAAAUCGAGGCUGGGAAAAACGAGCAACGGACUAGGUCAGUCAGGAAGGAAGUGAAGUCGAGGGUACUACAGAGUCUCGGUCAACCAUCCUCUACGGGAUCAACUCAAAAGAAAGCUGGUGAUGCAAAUAAUAACAAUAAUAAGGAUAAGAGGAGAAUACGUGGCCGUCAAGAAAUAAAGUCGCCAAUUGAAGAAACUGCCAGAAGCUCUGUUCGUAGCUCCUUGAGUGAUCUCAGCACCGGACCUAGCAAGGACGCGCCAAAGAGAUCACCGACAUCGGUAAAUCCACCGAGAAGACUGGUAGCAAACGGUCGUGGUAGUCAACAGAAUCGUGUCAAUAGUUUCGACACGAAGAAGAACUGCGUAGAAAUUUCGCCCAUCAAUCUCGAGAAGAGUCCGUCAGCGACGCGGAAGCCGACAAUAACGAGGAGAUUAACAACUACUGUCCCAGCAAAGCAGCAUAGUUCAACAAUAAAAGAUCGCGAAACUAAGGAGCACAGUAAUAGUUAUGUGGUAACAAGAGCGUCCUUAGAGACGAGAGAUCAGGCCGCACAAACCGACAUACCUUAUGAUGCACUUCGCGUAAAACAAGCGGAACAAGUUAUAGAAGCCCUUUCUAUCACCGUACAAUAUUUGGCCUAUGAGUUAGACGCUUUUUCUACUCCAAAACUAAAGAAAGAUUGCGAGAACAUGAAAAAGGAAUGGAUGUCUUCGUGCACAGAGAUAGAAGAAUUGAGGACUAGAAACCUCGGCAUUGAAGAUAGACUAGAAUCAGAGAGGGAGAAUCAUCGAAAAGCCUUGGACCAGCUUCGUGAAGAUCUGGAAGCUCGACACGCGGAACAAAUUGCUACCUUGGAAACGGCCUUGCAAGAGGAAAGACGCAUAUGUGAAAUCAGGUUACGGGAUUCCCUAAAUGAGGCCGCGAAAGAGCAUCGUGCCGCAAUCGUGAAAUUGCGAGCCGAACAGGAGGCUGAACUGAUACGAAAGGAAGGAGAGUUCAAAAGAAGAUCUGUCGUUCAUGAUCAGGGGGCUGCACUCACGGCAGAAGUCGAAUCUUUAAGAUCGGUGCUAGAGAUUAAAAGUCAAGAAAACGCUGCACUGAGAUCGGAUCUCGAUAAUAUCAGGCGAGAAAUCGAGGACAAAGAAGCUUUGCAGCAACGCGCAGAUACACUUGAGGCCAGAUGCGAGGAUCUGAAAGCGCAGCUUCAAUGCAAAGAAGCUCUUGAGAGGCAAAUAUCACACGAUAACGAGGUACUACACGAAUCGAUUCAUCAGGUUUCUAAGCAAAACAAGCGUUUGGCACAACGUAAUGAGGAACUUCAAUGGAGAUUGCGUCAAAAAAACGAAGUAGUGACCGUUCUUGCGAACUUGACGCCUAGGCUUUCGCGUUCUUUAGGCCCAGAGCACGUCGAACACCCUCUUUCACCCGACAAGAACGGUCCGCAAUCUUCAUCCAUGGUUAAGUUUAUGGUGGAGAAGGGCGAUUCAGUUUCAUGGACAUUGGAAAUCGACGAUGAAUUUUCAAAGGGAGGAUCUGAUACAUCGCCAUUGGCAACACCACCCAAAAUGGGCAGACAGGAAACAACGACAACAGUAUCGAGGCAAGGAUCGCUUAGGUUGACGCCUAGAAGGCCUUCCGUGGAUAUGAGAGCAAGAUCCAAGAGUAUUUCUGUCACGGAUUCCGCACGAGUAGAAGAAUCCGCUUGGUCGCCUACGUUUAACUCUACGCCGAUUACUCGACGAAGACCUAGAAGCGAUCCCUCUUCUUCAGCUUCGUCUACUUCUUCGUCAUCUUCUUCUUCUGCGACAGCAGUAACCACGAAUUCUGCAGUAGCCGUUGCUGUUGCUGCAGCAGCUGCGGCGGCGGCAGCAGCUGAAGAUUGCGGUGCAGGUCAGAGACCCCAAGAAGCAGGUGGCGAAGCAAUGAUUUCAGAAGAAACGUCUGCCACAAGCAGCGAGGACGAAUCGUCCACAAGUAGCGAUAUUCCUCCAUUACCAAUACAGUUUGCUUGGGGUAAACCAAUUAAGUAACGUUCUCGCGGUCCACUCGCUUAGCACCUAACAUUUCAAUUGCGAAGGGCUAAUAUAAUUCGAUUGGAAUAAAUUCAUUCGGUAAUUCCAUGAUAUCUUAUGGUAAUUACUACAAAUAUUUCCGAAGAUAAUAUGACACCCUUUUACGAAAAUGAACGUUCAUACGGUUAUUUCAAACGUUGUACGCGCACUUUUUCUAUUACUUCUGUACCUGUAACUUAUAUGUUCGUUCGCGAACAACUGAGAAGUAUAUCUUUUACCAAAACUACUGAGACAAUUUCACUAAUAUUUUAUCACGAUCAUGUAUAUUGGUGAAAUCGGAUGAAGAUACAGAAGUUGGUGUUUAUUUAAGCAUUUAGAUUAGAAACGGUGUUUUUAUGGUAUUGCGAUAUUUUUUCAAAUUGUGACUCUGUGAUGCCAGACUUACUAUACCGAGUUCUGUAUCUUUGCAUCGACUCUGCUCUUUCCUUGUUUCAGAGACUUCAGUACACGAGAGAUCGCACAAUGAGAAGUCGCUUGCUACUAUAUGUUGUAUCGAUUUCGUUUUAAAUGUAUACAUAUACAUAACGUACACAUGCGCGCGCAUGCACAUAUAUACACACACACGCACACA